GGGUUUUAUAUCUAAAAGACUCAAAACCUAUCGUCAUUAUCUUCAACAGGCGGAGGAACGGAGAUGGCCGCCAUUACAGCUCUCGCUCUCCGCUCUCCUGUUUUUCUUCCUCCAUCAUCCGCCACAACCCCUAGAUUCCAUGGCUUCACCAAGCUAUCAGCUCGUGUCUUCUUUCCUCUUAAACCCUUCCCUUCUCUAUCCAUCCAAAACCCUAAAUCUAAAUCCAUCCGAAUUUCCGCAUCCGCAUCGCCGAUGACACCAACCAUCCCGACGGAGAAAUCAACAACUCGACCAUCGACACUCACCGGGUCGACUCGGUCUCUCGCUACUCUCGCGGCUUUAACAAUCGCUGUAACCAGAGUCUUAGCUCAGAAACUCUCUCUUGCGAUCCAGACUUCAAGUCCCGCAAUCGCAGACGGAUUACGAUUCUCUCUCAGUACCGCCGGACCGGUCUUCUUCGCGUCGCUCCGAGAUCGUCCUCCGGGGUACUUGAACACGCCGCUUACGGUGGUUGCGGUGGGGAUAAAGAAGUGGUUAGACAUAUACAGUGGGGUUUUGAUGGUUAGGGUUUUGCUCAGUUGGUUCCCUAAUAUCCCUUGGGAAAGACAGCCUUUGUCUGCCAUUAGAGAUCUCUGUGAUCCUUACUUGAAUCUCUUCAGAAACAUCAUUCCUCCUAUCUUCGAUACUCUUGAUGUUAGUCCAUUGCUUGCUUUCGCGGUUCUUGGUACACUUGGAUCUAUUGUUCAUGGCAGCACCGGAUAGAAAUUCGUGAUCAAGAAUUGAGCUUUGAUUUGAGGCAACUUCUUUCGAUUAGGAAAAGUCAUACUCUUUUGGAUGCUUAAUGAGAGUUGUGAGCUUUGUCGUUUUGAAUUUGAUUCUGAAUAAUGAGAUUUUGGCUUGUUGAUUAUCUUCUAAUUACAUGUUCAUUGCUCUA